AUGUCUACCAUUUUUCUGCUUUUUGCUAUACUCUCCAUUGCACUAGAAUUUACAGGUGUGCAAUCCAUAGGAGUUUGCUAUGGAGCAAAUGGAAAUAAUCUACCAUCAAGGCAAGAAGUUAUAGAUUUAUAUAAAUCAAAUGGCAUUGCCGGAAUGCGUAUAUACUAUCCUGAUGAGGAAGCCCUACAAGCCCUUAGAGGUUCCAACAUUGAAUUGAUCCUUGAUGUGCCUAGGGAUACCCUUUCUUCUCUCACUGAUGCCAAUCAAGCCACAAACUGGGUAACCAAAUAUGUGACACCCUACUCACAAGAUGUUAAAAUUAAGUACAUCACUGUUGGAAAUGAAAUCCACCCUGAUUACAAUGAGGCCCAAUACGUUCUCACUGCAUUACAAAACAUUCAAAAUGCAAUUUCAGCAGCCAAUUUACAAGGCCAAAUCAAGGUCUCUACAGCAAUAGACAUGUCUUUGAUUGGUAAUUCCUAUCCACCCAAGGAUGGUGCUUUCACUGACCAAGCAAAGUCUUAUUUACAACCAAUAAUCACCUUCCUAGUGAACAAUGGAUCGCCACUUCUUGCAAAUGUGUAUCCGUACUUUGCUUAUGUUGGAAAUGAACAAGACAUUCAUCUUGAUUAUGCUCUUUUUAAUCAACAAGGAAACAACGACGCGGGGUACCAGAAUCUCUUUGAUGCGCAGUUAGAUUCAGUAUAUGCUGCCCUUGCGCAAGUUGGGGGAUCCAAUUUGCAGAUAGUUGUGUCUGAGAGUGGAUGGCCUUCUGCUGGUGGAGAUGGAGCCACAACUGCGGAAAAUGCUGCUACAUAUUAUAAUAAUUUGAUUAAUCACGUAAAGAGUGGGAAUGGGACUCCGUUGAAACCUGGUGUGGCUAUUGAGACUUAUUUGUUUGCCAUGUUUGAUGAAAAUCAAAAGAAUGGUGCAUCAACUGAACAACAUUUUGGUCUCUUUAAUCCUGACAAAUCGCCUAAGUAUCAAAUAGGUUUCAAUUGA